GACGGCGGCCCGUGCACCCGCCACCCGCCGCUGCCUUACACAGACCUGACUUUCUGGAAGGAAAGCGAUCUGCGUCCCCCCCGGGCGCGUGCCCGCAGAGAGGAGGGAAUUAAAGCGAACGGCAACCGUCUCCUUACAAUAGUCACCACUCUUCAUCCCCCACUUCUUUAAUUCCUGGAACCAGAAUUUCAUCGUUGUACGAAGCCUUACAGCUAACUGUGCUCUGUAAAUAAGUAUACUAACACAUUAGCUAAUAAUAAAAUACCGCAGUUGUGGGAACAUACUGUAAUAACAGCUACUUGUAAGCGGUCUUUGACGUAGUAUCUUAUGUACUUCUCUUUCCCUUUGUCAUACGAGAUGCUACGGUGUCUACUGAGAGAAAUGCUAUAGGCGAUGUGACAGUUCCCAAAACUCACUUGCACACAAGCAUUGUGAUACAGCCAGUUGUUCUGAUAACAUGGCUGAAACUGUUAACAUUUCUUUUUGUGAUUCCUUUUAACUUGAAAACUUGUGCACACGUGAAUAUUAAUAUCUGAUCCCUUAAGGAGCUCUCCGUUGUGACCCAGCGCUUGCUGUCUUCAUGAACUUCUCCAACUUCCCCGCCCCGUCCCCUCGGAUUCUAGCUGCGUUACUUUCCCAAACUGAACCGUUUUUUUUUUCUCUCUCUCUCUAUUUGGGCUCUCCCAGCCUUUACCGGGCUUGUGAUCCGAGGGCUCACCGCCUUUGUUUCCUUCUCUCAGGAUCACUUUACUAUGCUGUCUCUUGUCCAGCGUCUGAGAAAUGGUUGCUUAUUUUUGGUCCAGUUUCAUAGUUACUAAAGACAGCUGAGUUACGGAAUGUGACAAAUUCUCAUUCUAACCAGCCAAGCAACGAAGGUGAUGCCAUCAAGGUUUUUGUGCGAAUCCGUCCUCCUGCAGAGGGCGCUAGAUCCGCAGACGGAGAGCAGAGCUUGUGCCUCUCCGUGCUCUCCCACACUGCUCUCCGGCUGCACUCCAACCCAGACCCCAAGACCUUCGUGUUUGACUAUGUUGCGGGCAUGGAUACCACUCAGGAGUCUGUGUUCUCAACAGUGGCUAAAAGCAUUGUGGAGUCGUGCAUGAGCGGUUAUAAUGGGACCAUCUUUGCGUAUGGGCAGACUGGCUCAGGGAAGACAUUUACUAUGAUGGGACCAUCAGACUCUGAUAAUUUUUCUCAUAAUCUGAGAGGAGUAAUUCCACGAAGUUUUGAAUAUUUGUUUUCCUUAAUUGAUCGUGAAAAAGAAAAGGCUGGGGCCGGGAAGAGCUUCCUCUGUAAGUGCUCCUUUAUUGAGGUCUACAAUGAGCAGAUCUAUGACUUGCUGGACUCAGCAUCCGUUGGACUGUACUUAAGGGAGCACAUAAAGAAGGGAGUCUUUGUGGUUGGUGCAGUGGAGCAGGUUGUGACCUCAGCUGCUGAAGCCUAUCAGGUCCUAUCUAGAGGGUGGAGGAACAGGCGUGUGGCAUCAACAUCCAUGAACAGAGAGUCCUCUAGGUCACAUGCAGUCUUUACAAUUACUAUAGAAUCAAUGGAGAAGAGCAGCGAGACCGUGAACAUUCGAACCUCCUUACUCAACCUGGUGGAUUUGGCAGGGUCUGAGAGGCAAAAAGAUACCCAUGCAGAAGGAAUGAGGUUGAAGGAAGCAGGUAACAUCAACCGGUCACUGAGUUGCCUGGGCCAGGUCAUCAUGGCACUUGUUGACGUGGGCAAUGGGAAACAGAGGCACAUCUGCUACAGAGACUCCAAGCUUACCUUCCUCCUUCGGGACUCCCUUGGUGGUAAUGCCAAAACAGCCAUAAUUGCAAAUGUUCAUCCAGGAUCCAGGUGUUUUGGGGAAACACUGUCAACACUUAAUUUUGCUCAGAGAGCCAAGCUGAUAAAAAACAAGGCUGUGGUGAAUGAAGACACCCAAGGAAAUGUCAGCCAGCUGCAAGCUGAAGUGAAGAGGCUCAAAGAACAACUGUCUCAACUUACUUCUGGGCACAUAACCGAAAGCUUACUGGCCAAAGACAAAGAGAAGACUGAUUACGCAGAACAUUUCCUGGAAGCAAUGUUAUUCUUUAAGAAAUCUGAACAGGAAAAGAAGUCUCUGGUAGAAAAAAUUACCCAACUAGAAGACCUCACCCUCAAAAAGGAAAAAUUUAUUCAGUCUAAUAAAAUGAUUGUGAAGUUCCGAGAGGACCAAAUAAUGCGUCUAGAGAGGCUCCAGAAGGAGGCACGAGGAAGCUUCCUGCCCGAGGAGCAGGACCGUCUGCUGUCAGAACUGAGGGACGAGAUUCAGACUCUUCGAGAACACGUGGAGCAUCACCCCAGACUUGCAAAAUAUGCUAUGGAAAAUCACUCCCUCAGGGAAGAGAAUAGAAGACUAAAAUUACUAGAGCCUGUGAAAAGAGCCCACGAAAUAGAUGCCCAGUCUAUUGCAAGACUAGAAAAGGCUUUCUCUGAAAUGUCUAUCGCAGAGAAAAAUGACAAAGGUCUGCAAGGAUUUUCUCCUACAGCACUGGAAGAAUCAAGUUUCUUCAUGAACAGUGAGAAAUUAAAAGCACAACUCUUGCAGAUCCAAACAGAGCUGAAUAACUCAAAGCAAGAAUACGAAGAGUUCAAAGCACUAACUCGGAAAAAGCAGCUAGAAUUAGAAUCAGAGCUUCAGUCUUUGCGAAAAGCAAACCUCAAUCUUGAAAAUCUUUUGGAAGCAACAAAAGCCUGCAAACGCCAGGAAGUUUCUCAGCUGAAUAAAAUACAUGCUGAAACACUUAAGAUAAUUACAACUCCGACCAAGACUUAUCAACUCUGUCCUAGACUGGUACCAAAAUCAAGCCCUGAGUUGGGAAGCUUUGGCUUUCUGCACACACAGAGGUCUAGCAUGUUAGAUAAUGACAUAUUAAAUGAGCCAGUGCCACCUGAAAUGAGUGAGCAAGCAUUGGAGGCCGUUUCUGAAGAGCUUCGAACUGUGCAGGAGCAACUGAGUGUUCUUCAAGUCAAGCUGGAUGAAGAAGAACGUAAAAACCUGAAACUUCAACAGAACGUUGACAGACUAGAGCACCAUUCUACACAAAUGCAGGAGCUUUUCUCAUCAGAGAGAAGUGACUGGGCCACACAGCAGCGAGAGCGCCUCGCGCAGUCGCGGGAUCUGGAAAAGCAGCUUCAGGACGCUCAGACCCAGAAUGAUUUUUUGAAAUGUGAGGUGCAUGACCUUCGAAUUGUUCUUAAUUCUGCUGACAAAGAACUUUCUUUGGUGAAACUGGAGUACAGCACAUUCAAAGAGAAUCAAGAGAAAGAACUAAGCCAGCUUUCUGAGAAAUAUGUGCAGGUGCAGCUUCAGCUGGACAAUGCCAGAUUAGAAAAUGAAAAGCUUCUUGAGAGCCAAGCCUGCCUACAGGAUUCCUACGAUAACUUACAAGAAGUGAUGAAAUUUGAAACUGACCAACUUUCCAAAAGCCUCCAAAACUCCAAACAAGAGAAUGAAACUUUGAAGUCUGACCUGCACAAUUUGGUGGAGCUUUUUGAGGCAGAAAAAGAGCGCAACAGCAAAUUAUCGUUGCAGUUUGAAGAAGAUAAAGAAAAAGAAAUCGUAAAGGUUCUUGAGGCUGUGAGUCAAGAGAAACAGAAGGAGAUGGCCAAGUGUGAGCAGCAGAUGGCAAAAGUACAGAAACUAGAAGAAAGCUUGCUUGCUACUGAAAAUGUUAUCAGUUCUCUGGAAAAGUCUAGAGCUUCUGACAAGGAACUUGUCACCAACCUCAUGAACCAAAUCCAAGAGUUAAGAACAUCAGCUGGUGAAAAAGCAGAAACCAUAGAUACCCUGAAACAAGAGCUACAAGACAUAAAUUGCAAAUACAAUGCUGCUGUGGCUGACAAAGACGAGAGCAAAGAACUGAUCAGCAGACAGGAAGCGGAUAUCCUGAAGCUGAAAGAGACUCUCAGACUGAGAAUCCUCUCAGAGGACAUCGAGAGGGAUAUGCUUUGUGAAGAUUUGGCCCAUGCCACUGAGCAGCUGAACAUGCUCACAGAGGCCUCAAAAAAGCACUCUGGACUCCUGCAGUGUGCCCAAGAAGAGCUAACCAAGAAGGAGGCCCUGAUCCAGGAGCUUCAGUACAAGUUAAACCAAAAGAAAGAGGAGGUGGAGCAGAAGAAGAAUGAAUAUAACCUUAAAAUGAGGCAGCUGGAGCAUGUGAUGGACUCUGCUAAGGAGUAUCCUCAGAGUCCCAAAACACCGCCCCAUUUUCAACCUCAUUUGGCAAAACUCCUGGAAACACAAGAACAAGAGAUAGAAGACGGAAAGGCCUCGAAGACUUCUUUGCAACACCUUGUAACGAAGCUAGAUGAAGACAGAGAGGUCAAAAAUGCUGAAAUCCUCAGACUGAAGGAUCAGUUGUGUGAAAUGGAAAAUCUGCGCCUGGAAUCUCAGCAAUUAAGAGAGAAAAACUGGCUCCUGCAAAGUCAGCUGGAUGAUGUUAAAAGUCAGAAGGAUAGUGGAAAUGAGAGUCAACAGCUGAAGAACGCACGCGAAGAGGAGCUUGUCAAAGAGAGACUCGCUAAAAAUAAACUCACUGAAGAAAUGCUGAAAAUGAAAACAGAGCUAGAAGAAGUCCAAAGUGCACUUCACAGCAAGGAGAAGAUCUGCCACAGGAUGAGCGAGGAAGUUGAGCGAACCAGAAAAUUGGAGUCUAGAGCAUUUCAGGAAAAGGAACAAAUGCGGUCAAAAUUGGAAGAAAUGUAUGAAGAGAGAGAAAGAACCCUCCAGGAAAUGGAAAUGUUGAGAAAGCAACUAGAGUAUCUUGCUGAGGAAAAUGGAAAAUUGAUCGGUCAUCAAAACCUCCACCAGAAGAUUCAAUACGUAGUCCGGCUGAAGAAGGAAAAUAUCAGGCUUACUGAGGAGACAGAAAAGUUGCGCGCUGAAAAUGUAUUUUUGAAAGAGAAGAAAAAGAAUGAAUGCUAAAGAUCCCAGCCUGAUGGGGUGAUCUUUUUGUGUACUAUGUAAAGGUUGCCUUUGUAUUAUUCACAUGCUGAUUUCUGAACCAGCAGAGAGCUGGUUACAGAUCAGACUUUGGAUUGUUAUUUUUUGGCUGUAUCAUAUUUUGUAAACACUCCCUCUGGCACCUUCUGGUCGGUUUAUUAAAAACCUGAAUGGCCAAUAGCUGAGGCAAGACAGGGAGGCAGGACUUCGGGGCAGAGAUAGGAACUCUGGAAGAGAGUCAGGCUUGGGGUGCCAGAACUAAGAGAGGAGCCACGCGGCAGAACAGAGGUUACUGUAACCAGGUUACAUUAAGAGCUAGUUGGGAACAAGUUUAUAUUAAUAAAAAGUCUCUGUCAUUAUUUGGGAACUGCCAUACCAAAAAAAAAAAAAAAAAAAGUCCCAUUUUACCAGCCACAGCUCCUUACACAUCACCUUGCUAGAUUGGUUCUUUCAAGGUUGCUGCGUUUGCCCUCGUUGUAGUGCCAAACUACAAGGCCUCAGCACUGACCAUGGUGUGUAGUAAUCCUAAGUGCUGUGAUGGAUAUUUUACAUGCAAACACUGUUAAGUGGGAAGCAACGCAUUUCAAGUCACUUGUGAAUUCUGGAAGACCACAGUUGUGGUCCCCGUGAAUGCUGGUCCAUAGAUUGUCCUUUGAUAAACUUGAUUGUGAAUUUGAUGGCUGAUUUUGUAGCAAACUUGUUCAUACAGGUUUAUUUAUAACUAUUGUCAUGAGUAUUUUCUACAUGUCCAGUUUUUCAAAUAAAAUCUUUUAAAAGCCAA